CUAGGAUGCAGCACUCUCUAAGAUUCUGAGGGGAUAGGAGGGCGGGACAAGCGGAGGCGGGAGCGACUUGCGGCUGCUCUUCUCCGCCUCAGAAGCUCUGAGGAACCGGAGCCCCGCCCCUUAUCGCCCCCCAUGAAACAGGGAAAGGGGCGUGGCAAGGGGAGGAGUGUCUGAGGAAGGGUCCGCCGUGAGCGAAGGCCGCCUCAGAGGGAGCUUUCCCCAGUUGGGGCCGCGACGAAGCGGGAGGCCGAAUGGCGGCCCCGGGAUCUCCGGAGGCGGGAGCAGCAGCGGCCCUUCAGGAGGGGAGCGGCGGCGGCGGCAGCGACCUGAGCGGCCACCCCGGGGGGUCCCGCAGCUCAGAGGCCGAGCGCCGGCGCUUCCGCAGCUGCCGCCCCCGAGAGGCCGAGGGGCCCCGGGCGCUCUGCAGCCGCCUUCACCGGCUGUGCCGCGGAUGGCUGCGGCCCGAGCGGAGCGGCAAAGCCGAGAUGCUGGACCGGGUGGUGCUGGAGCAGCUGCUGGCCCUGCUGCCCCCGGAGCUGGCGGGCUGGCUGCGGGAGUGCGGGGCGGAGAGCUGCGCCCAGGCGGUGGCCCUGGCCGAGGGCUUCCUGCUCGCCCCGCCGCCCUCCUCCGCCCCCCGGGAGCCCCCGGGAGAGGGCCGGCAGGAAGAUACUCCUGGAGGAAGAGAUAGAACAGGAAAAAGUUCAUCCACAAAGAAGGAAACACUACACCUAUCAAGAAACGGGGAGAAGAUGCAGGAGCUGUUCACAAGGGAGAUCCCAGCAGAGCUCCAAGAAAGAGGAGACCAACCCAGUCCUUCUCAAGAGCUAUUUUUCAGGAGGAUCCAACAUGGGCCACCUUGUCAGGGCUCUAAUUCCUUUGAAGAGAUGGCUGUGGACUUCACAGAGGAGGAGUGGGCACUGCUGGAUCCCAGACAGCGGGCCUUAUGCAGUGAAGUCCUGCUGGAGGUUUCUAGGAAUAUGGCUGCUCUGAAAGGUGAUGGGCUGGAGGAGGAGAAUGACGAGCAGGUGAGGUUAAUGCCACUACAAACAACAAAGCAUGAAGUGGAAGAAGUAAUGGUUAACUGUGAAGGGGAUCCAAAAAGUCAAGGGAGAAGACACUCACAAGACAUGGGCGACAGGUUCCCGACUUCUCUUCCUGUUGGAAUCCAUAGCUUCCUGACCCAGAAAGGGAAGAAAAAGGAAAAUUCCAGCAAAAGGGAGGAAAAUAGGUUUGAUUUGCACGAGUAUAGCAGAAGUCAGACCAAAGGCUUUAUAACUUAUGGAAAAUACGUCAAUAAUUUAUUCUCUCUUACUUUUCUUAAGAAACUGUAUAGGAAAUACAGAUCACAUACAUCCCUAAAAGUUGGUAAGGAUUUCAGUCUGAGCAGAGACAUGAAAGUGUGCAUGAAGUCUGGAAAGAGCUUCAGCAUCAACAAUAUUUUUAAUCACCAUCAGAGGAUCCACAAAGGGGAGAGAACAUAUAAAUGCAUGGAGUAUGGAAAAAGCUUUUGUCAGGAUAGAACACUUACUCAUCAUAAAAACAUCCACGCUGAGGAGAGACUAAAUAAACGGUUGGGGUGGAGAAAGAGGUUUAUUGACAAUAGAAAUAUUAUUUCCUGCCAAAAGAUCCACACAGGCGAAAGACCAUAUAAAUGCCUGGAGUGUGGAAAGGCAUUUACUAGGAAAGGACAUCUUACUUGUCAUGAAAGGAUCCACACAGGAGAAAAACCUUAUAAAUGUAGUGAGUGUGGAAAAGCCUUCAGAACAAAUGGUCAUCUAAUUCGUCAUCACAGGACCCACACAGGGGAGAAAAUGUAUAGUUGCAGGGAGUGUGGAAAGAGAUUCAUUGAGAAUAGAGAUCUCAUUACCCAUCAAAGGAUCCACACAGGUGAGAGUCUGUAUAAAUGCCCAGAGUGUGGAAAGAGCUUUACUCAGAAAGGACAGCUUAAUUCUCAUCAGUGGGUUCACACAGGGGAGAAACCUUAUAAAUGCCCAGAGUGUGGAAAGGGCUUCAGUACAAACUGUAAUCUGGCUCGACACCAAAAGAUCCACACAGGGGAAAGACCAUAUAAGUGCUUGGAGUGUGGAAAGCGCUUUCUUGACAACAAAGAUCUUACUCGCCACCAAAGGAUCCACACGGGGGAUAAACCGUAUAAAUGCCUGGACUGUGAAAAGAGCUUUGCCCAGAAAGGACAACUUAAUUCUCAUAGAAGAAUCCACACUGGUGAGAGACCAUAUAAAUGUAUGGAGUGUGGAAAGCAGUUCAGUCAGAAAGGAAAUCUUACUGAUCAUGAAAGAAUCCACACAGGGGAGAAACCAUAUAAAUGUACUGAGUGUGAAAAGAGCUUUGCAAAGAAAGGACAGCUUAAUUCUCAUAAAAGGAUCCACACAGGGGAGAGACCACAUAAAUGCAUGGAGUGUGGAAAGAGCUAUUUCGAUCAAAGAGACCUUACACGCCACCUAAGGACUCACACAAGGGAUAACCCGUAUAAAUGCCUAGAAUGGGGAAAGACCUUGAUUGUCAACAAAGACCUUAUUUGCCAACAAAGUAUCUACACAAGGGAGGAACCGUAUAAAUGCACUGAGUGUGAAAAAGGAUUUAAUGACUACAGCAUCUUUAUUUGUCAUAAAGGGAUCCACACAGGAGAAAAUGGAAUGUGGAACAAGCUUCAUUGAGAAUUGUGCACUUAGUUCUAAUAAAAAGAUUAACACAAGAAAAAUCAUAUAAAUCCAUGGAAUGAGCUUCAUUUGAAACAGUCAACUUACUCAUCAUCAAAGGAGUCAGACCUGGGAGGAAGCUUAUUAUUGUAUGCAAUGUGCAAAGAUCUUUGGUUUGAAGUGGAAACCUACUUUCCAAACAUCCUGUAAGGACCUGGAUGAGCUGUCUCUCUCAGGAAAGUAUAACUCUUGAUGCCAUGUGUUUAAUCAAAAGAACUUUUACUGAGAAACAGUGGUUGUAGCAAAGUCAAGUGGAAUCUAACAUUCCCAUGCAAAGCACCAAACUAUUCUUCCCCGCAAAGCCCAUCCCCCCUGGCCAGUCCACCAACAACCAAUACUGUGCUGCAAGGUUGUUUUGAGAGCACUGAUGUAUAGGACAGAUAAUGGGUCAUCUUCAGGGCACCUUGGAACCAGGCUGAAACUGUCUGGGAAGGAGCCCGUCCUCCAUGUGGUUGCAGCAAAGUGAAAGCAUGCAAAGAAUGCUCCCCCAGAACAUUGUCCUCCUCCCACCAAAAUGGCAGGAGGGGGAUCUGACAUGCUGCCCCUCCCAAAGAGAAGGAUUAACCCUGCAAAAGAUGGAAGACAAAAGACAAUUACAACAAUCAUUUAGCUUUAUUAGGAUAUUGAUUAUGAAAAAGUUUCAUUAGCCUAGGGGCUCUAACAUGCUGAGAAUUAACCCAUUCAUUCUGGCUGGUAAGAAUGUCCUUCCAUGCCACUAAAUGUUGGAGGUUUCCCCUGUGCUUAUGGGAAUCCAAUAUCUCCUUCGCCUCAAAGUAUAGUUCAACCUUCAUCAUUAAAGGCUUGGAAACCGGGAGAGGGACUGGCCUAAGGGGCAAGGAAACCUUGAGUUUCAAUAAACUACAAUGAAAAACCAGAUGGACCCAGUGCAAUGACUUUGGCAAGUCUAAUUCUACUGUGACAGUUAAUCAGGUGUUUGAUGGGGAAAGGUCCCACAAACUUAGGUCUGAAUUUCUUGGAAGGUUGAAGUGACUGCAAAUAGUGAGUAGAUAGAUAAAUAUAAUCUCUCACUUUAAAA